AUGAAGCAGUUACGCAGUUCAUCCAGCUCCUGGUCGGAGCUUCCUUCAGAUCUGUUGAAUUCAGUGUUCGAACGCCUUAGCUUUGCUGAUUCACGACGAGUUGAAUCCGUAUGUCGGUCUUGGUACUCCGCUGCGAGACGAUGCUUGGCCAUAAAGCAGAUCCCUUGGCUGUUUCUCUUGCCAGACGAAGACGACAAGAUCGACAACCAUUGGUGCAUGCUGUUCAAUCCCGAGGAAGAAGGCAAGCUUUACAGAAUGCGAGCUGAGGUGUUCAUAUUCGCAAAGAGCUAUUGUUUAGCAACAUGUGGAAACUGGUUCCUUAUGAUAGACCAUUGGUCUGAUCUCUACAUUUUGAAUCUCUUUACCAACGAGUGGAUCUAUUUACCUCCGGUGGAGUCACUACGUGGAACGGCAAAGCUGGAGCGAAACUCGGAAGGUUGGUUUUGUAUUUCAAACCGAAACGAUCAUGAUCCCUUCCCAAUGAAGUUCAAAGGUAUUAAAGAUAUUAUGCAUUCCCCUGUGUUUUGGAUUGACGAGCAAACUAAAGAGUAUGUAGUUGUAUGGGGACUUGGCCAUUGGUGCAGUGUGGUUUAUUCCAAGAAAGGAGAUGCGUUCUGGAAUCAGCUUCAAAUUCCCCUAGGUUCUAGUUGUUCUUCUCAGAUGGUUUACAAAGAUCACAAGCUUUACUACUUCCGAUUCCGAAAUGACUAUUUUGGUAAUAGUAGUGGUUAUAUCAAAAUAUUCGAUUUCUCCAGAGAGAUUCCGCAAGAAACAUUUUACUGUGGUGUUACUUUCGGCACCUCUUUACUUGAUUAUCAACCAAGGGAUUAUUCAUGGCGGAUUAGGGCCACAAAAAUUGUAGUCAGAGUAACCGGAGAUGUCCUCAAGGUUGAAAAAUUGGUCAAGAAUGAACAACGGGUACAGCUCUGGUCCUUCCGCGUCUACAAGGCAGGUUUCUUGAACAAGUAUGAUGAACAAGUUGAUUCAUUGGGCGACGAGGAAAUGCUUUUUGAUCUAGGCAUCACUGUGCUCGCUAAUGAUGACAUUGUGGGUUUUAAGAGAAACUCCAUCUACUACAAUGCUACUUGUUAUGAAAAUAACACUACUCAAAUUUGUGUCUUUAAUCUCGAGACACAGGAGAUGGAGGAGCCACUCCACGAGUUUGUUUGUUCGUCAGAGCAACAACUCGCCAGAGCUCGAUGGUUCCUACCAAGUUUCAAGCAGCCAUAA